AUGGCAACAUUAAAUUCAGCCAGUCAAGUGCUGCCAUCUAUUUACUCUAUCUCCUCGUUUGAAGAUCAACCCAAGAUGUCAGCCCCCAUCUCCAGAUAUUUAGGUCCACUCUCACAGCGAUGUGUACUGAAUGUACUGCGCCACACUCCGGCAGUCCCUAUGGCUUGUAGUAACUGCAGAUGUAGGCAGUUUAGUUCUAAGGAGUCACUCACUGUUGAUGUGUCCAAUUUGGCAGAAAUGUUCAGAGUCGCAAAACAGUCCAGUGGAAAGCCGUUACGACGUCUUUUCAUGACAAGAGAAGAGGAUCCUGGCAGGCAUACUAUGCAGCAUGAAGGACUGUUUUACACUAUGCAACCAGAGACACAUAAUGUUCUGUUCAAAGAAGACAGUUUCACUGCAGAAUUUAGAAAACAGGUGGAGACAUUCAAUGAGAUGACCUUGAUGGUGCGGAGGCCUGCGGUUGAAGUGAUCAGUUAUCUCAAACAAGCCAACUAUGCCUAUCCUCCUAAUAAAUAUUUACUAUAUGGUAGCCAUGGUACCGGGAAGACAAUGUCUCUAGCUCAUAUAAUACACUACUGUCAUAGUCAAGGCUGGAUGGUGCUCUAUGUACCCUGGCCAUCAUCGUGGAAUAACAAGUUCCGCUACUUGACAAACUCCAGUUAUAAGGCGGAUAGGUGGGACCUUCCAAGAGAGAGUGUUUCAUGGUUGAAGCAAUUCAAAACCAUCAAUGCAGAAAUACUAGAGAAAACACCAAUCAAGACUAGAUACUCCUAUGAAUGGACAAAGCGUGAAGUUAUGGAAAAGGGAUCUGCCCUCACAUACCUAAUAGAGUUCGGCAUCAGUCGACCCAAGUUCUCAUCAGAUUGUAUAGGAGCACUUAUUAAAGAACUGAAAUGCCAGAAUGAAGAGCUAGGAGUGAGGAUUCUUCUAGCAAUAGAUGGCGUUAACUCUUUUUGGAGGCCAACUGCUAUCAAGCUUGACAAUAAAGAGUUUGCUGAUCCUGACAAAAUAACAUUGAUUCAUAACUUUAAAAAACUACUUCAAACAGACUGGAGCAAUGGAGCUGUAGUGGGUACAGUUGAUGCUAAGGCUUCAGUGAAGGAAGAGAGAGCCUCAUUCAUGCCUAGAUAUCUACUAAAGAAAGAGGGCUUUGAAUGGUUGGACCCAUUUGUUCCAAUACACGUAGAUGACUACAAUGAUAAAGAAGUGAACAGCUGUAUAGACUACUAUGUAGACAAAUUAUGGAUACAAAACCCUAAAGCCCUCACUGAGGAAGGCAGAAACCAACUAAUAUUUCUUACCAACAAAAAUCCUAGAAUACUCGAGAGAACUGCGGCAGCCUGGUAGCAUUCAAAGGCAAUAGGUUCAACAUAUCAAUAGGUUCAACAAUCACAAUUGCAACUUCAUAGUCAUUAACACUGGUACUCGCCUAGUUAUGCUGACGUAUCGUCAGCGUAACAAGAUGG